AUGUCCGAGAUGAUGGGCUCGAUGCCACGGACAUCGGACACGGUGGACGAGACAUUCGCGUACCCGUUCUUCCUGCCGCCGCCAAACGCUCGGCCAGACCGGAUUGUGGGUCUUCCGGAGGCCGAGGUCGAGGAUAUCCGGCGGCUGCUCGCGCUCUACGUGCAGGAGAAGGAGAAGGUCUGCCGUGGGACCACGAAACUACAUGAAGGAAUCUUGAUGUCUUAG